UUUGAGCUAUUUUUAGAACAGGCCAGCGGGCGACUCAUCUGGUCCUUACGGGCGACCUGGUGCCCGCGGGCACCGCGUUGGUGACCCCUGCUCUAAGUCAUUUAAAGUCAAAAGUUAAACGUGUGUACAUUUUUUUUUUUCAAUUUAAAUUAUUGCAUGAGUGCCCUAAUAAAUGAGUUUUGAUGUUGAAUAAAAAAAAAAAAAGGCGUCCACAGGCCGAAAUGAAGGUGGGCAUCAGAGCCACGUCUGAACAUGUCCCCUCUGCAGAGGGCAUGCAUGGGCAUUGCCCUCCUCCUCUCAAUGCAGCCACACACAAAAGAAGAAGAAGAAGAAGAAGGAGGAAAUUCUGGGAAAUUUAGGUUGCCUCACAAAGUGCACGUCAUUUCCUCCGAUGACCAAUGCGCGGUUUGGGCUCUUAAAAAAAAAAAAAAAGAAGUUCAAGUAGUGUGAUUAUGACAAGUCCCAGCAUUUGGAGGAGAAUGAGCGGCAUGCUUUGGACACGCCUGAAGAAGCCAGCAUCAACAUCGCUCGCCCUCCUGCUGCUGCUCCUGCUCAGGUCCUCAACGGCGUCCAAGAUCAGGGACCAGCAGUGUGCAAGUUCUGUGCAGCGGACCUUGAAACUGACCAGACUCAUCCACAAGGAAUCUGUGGAUCUCAUCAAAACAUACAGAGCCUCCCAAGGAGACAUGUCGCACCUCUUCUGCAAGGUGUCCAUCCCCGACGUCCCCGAGCCCAACAUCUCCGGCCUGGAGCCCUCGGAGAGGACGCAGAGCAUCCUCCGCCACCUGCGGGCCUUCUCCUCUCACCUGAGGCGGGUUCAGGAGCAGCAGACGGACCUGCAGCGCCCGGACAGCGGCCUCCUGGUCCAGCUGGACACGGUGGCGAGACGCAGCCGGUUCCUGGAGGCGCUCCUGCAGAACUUCUACCGGGACCUUUUCCCCAACCUCCAGGACUGGCCGGCGGUGGCGCCCACCUCCCUGCCGCCCCCGCAGAACGCCUUCCAGCAGAAGGUUUACGGCUGCGUGGUGUUGAAGACCUACAAGGACUUCCUGUUGAAGGUGUGCAGGGAACUGAGGGCCACGAGAAGCCGAGUGUGCCGAGGGAGACGCAAUUUCCUGUGAGACUGUGAGUGCCUAUUUAUCAUAUUUAAUAUUUAUUUUUCUUAUGUGUUCCGAGCGGCCGCAAGCACCUUAAGCAUGUCGGGGUGAUUACAGGUACUUAUUGCAUCAAUAACGUAUAAGCCCGGCAGCGUGAAAAUAUCAAUAAAACAAAACUAAAACCAUAAAAAAAAAAUUUUUUCAUCAUUUUUU